AUGACAAAUGAUGACAUGGAAAGUUUAGCUCAUGUUGUCUUGACUGAAAAUGUCUUUAUCUAUAAUGACAAAUGUUAUCAACAAAUUAACAAUGAUACAAUGGAAUCACCAUUUACUUUAGCCUUAGCUAAUAUAUUUAUGUGGCUUUGGAAACAAGAAUUAAUCAAACAUCAAAAAGUUUCCAAUGAAUUGUGUAUUCGUUAA